AUGAACUGCACGCAGUUCUUCCCAGAAGUGGAUCGGGGGUCAUUCCCAGCCAUGUGGAUCGGGAGUCCUGAGCUGGAGGAGGCGCUGGGGCUCCCCUGCCCACUCGUCAGAGGAAACCAGUGCGCCGGCCGUGGCCCCGGUCUCUCCUCCUGCUCGCCACCUUCCAGCUUUGCCAGAGAAGAAGGAACACGUUCCUGGCUCCUGCAGGCUUUCAGCCUGGGCUCCCCGCCCCCCACUGCCAACUCGCUGGGCAGAGCCCCCAGCUUGCAGCGCCCAGGGUCCCUGCAGCGUCUUCAGGCCCAGCCAGCCUGGGAGCUGCUGGCAAAGCGCCAGGCAGAGGCGCAGCACCAGGCGGCUUCUAGCAAAGGAGCAGCCCCCACCCCCACCCCCGACCCCCGGCCUGGAGGGGCCUGGAGGGGCCUGGAGAGCAGCUUGGUGCAGGCAGGGUUGAGGUGGGCAGCCGACUACCUGCCCAGCCAGAGGCGUCCGGUGGAUGUCAGCGAGCAGCCACGCCGUACGAGGCACCACCCUAGACCCAGAAAACCAGAGGUGAGACGAGGCCGCAGGGUCCGGGAGCAGGUUUCCGGGGACGGGCCGCCGACCCGAGUCCUGCUGAGUGUGCACGCGGUGACCCAGAAACCUGUCUAUUCAACUCGCUUCAGGGGCACCGGACCCGCAGCGGAGCCGGCGAGACACCGUCCCAGCCCCCAGGGACCGUCCGGGAAUUCAGCUGCCCAACGGCCCACGGACCGGGAGCAGAGCGGGCUGGGGGCCCCAGACGUGCAGGCGCCGAUGGAGCCCCCAUCGCCCGAAGCGUCUGACGGGGUCAUUCGACCCCCAGGAACGCCGGGCCUUCUGGAGGACGAGCUUGGGGUGCUCCCGCCCAGCCACACCCAGCACCUGGCCUGGAGUGUGACCCAGAGACCCCGGAGCUGA